UUAAGAACUCAGAACUUCUCCUUCUUCUUCGACCAUCUCCGCCUCUGCAGACACAAUGUUACUCAAAGAAGAUUGUAAUAAGGAAGGAAAGAAACAUUCCUUUCUUUUCCGGCGGACAAGUCAAGCCACCGCCGUCACCAACCUCAACCGGCAGCGCCAUUCAUUGUGCCACAAUGUUGGGGAUGCUGUGGCCGUGACCUUUCAGGCGGUGCGCUUUUGUUUCACAAUUCUGCGAUACCUUUGGGUAGGGUACCAAUGGAUAGCAAGAUUUAUAUCCCUUGGAUGUUAUGUUGUGCUUAUUUUCCCUGGUGUUCUUCAAGUUGCAUAUUAUUAUGUUUACUCCAACCAGGUUCGACGAAGCAUAAAGUACGGUGAUCAGCCAAGAAAUAGCUUGGAUCUAUAUGUACCACAAUCUAGGGAUGGCCAAAACCCAGACCCAAAGCCAGUGGUUGUAUUGGUAACAGGUGGAGCCUGGAUUAUUGGUUAUAAAGCAUGGGGUUCCCUUCUUGGAUCGCACUUAUGUGAUCGAGACAUUAUAGUAGCCUGCCUUGAUUACAGAAAUUUUCCUCAAGGUAGCAUGAGUGAUAUGAUAAAGGAUGCUUCUCAAGGCAUCUCAUUCGUAUUCAAUAAUAUUGCCGAGUAUGGAGGAGAUCCUAAGAGGAUUUAUGUGAUGGGACAGUCAGCUGGUGCACAUAUUGGUGCUUGCACACUUGUAGAGCAGGCAAUGAAAGAAGGUGGUGGUGAGAGGGUGUCUUGGAGUGCGUCCAACAUAAAAGCUUUCUUUGGUUUAUCAGGAGUGUACAAUUUGUACAAUUUAAAGGACUACUUUCACAGUCGAGGUCUUCACAGAUCUAUCUUUUCAAGCAUCAUGGAAGGAGAAGAGUCGUUGGAAAGAUUUUCCCCCGAAGUUAUGGUGCAGGACCCAAAGAUCAAAGAUGCAGCUUCCCUGCUCCCACCCUUCACUCUAUUCCAUGGAACUGCAGAUUAUUCCAUACCAUCACAUGCCAGUAAGAGCUUCGCAGAAGUGCUUGAAAGAGUUGGAGUAAAAGUUGAAGCAGUUGAAUACACAGGAAAGACGCAUACGGAUUUGUUUGUUCAGGAUCCAAUGAGAGGUGGUAAACAUCAGUUGGUUGAAGAUUUGAUUUUCAUCAUUCAUCAAAAUGAUACAGAAGCUCUCGCCAGAAAUGCAAUGGCUCCCCGAACAAGACGCCUAGUACCUGAGUUCAUGUUGAACUUAGCUCAGCGUGUUAGCCCAUUCUGAUCUUCUAACUUUAGUUCUUCUUCUUAC